GCGUGGAGGCAAAACGAGAAUGGAAAGAAUGGAAAGGAGAAGAAGGCCGUUCGCCGACACUGGUCAGCCAGUAUACGCCAGUACAUCGAACAGUACGACGAUCUUAUAAUCGAUAAUCGAUCCUAAUCCUAAUUCUUUAUUCAUUAAUCGACGACAAUUUUAUAUAUUUAUACGUAUACGUGUGUGAUCGAUAAAUAAUUUCGUUCGUCGCAUUGAUUUGUUCGUUAGUCGCAUUAAUUCGUUCGUUCGUUCGUACGUAUAAAAAUUUACGAGAUAUAUUUUCAAUAGAUAUUACGUGAACAAAUCAACGAGAAUAAUAAUUUACAAUUCUCGAAUAAAUGAUCUCAUGGUCUGCCACGAUGUCGUUGAAACGGAUAUCAAAUUAUGUCCUUGCAACAUGGCUGUUGACCACGGUCGGGGCGAUUACCGUGUCCAUAGACCGUUCUGAUGUUAAAACUUCACCAACACGAUCAUCAAUGAUCGCCAAUGGAUGGAGACCACUGGCAAACGGAUACGAAGAAACGAUUGGUACUAACGUAAAGCCGGCUAAUCAUCUCGAGAGAAACGCACAGCAGCCUCUUCCUCAUCCUCAUCCUGUAUUAGGUAAACUUCAAGAGCACAUGAUCAAGUCGGAAAAACUGAAACCUCAAAGGAACAAGAACAAGCAGGGUUCUACGUCGAAUCAGGAUUACAGUCCACCUACUAUACUCGGUAGUUUCACAGUUUUUGGUAAUGCCGCGGCUAAAGCACGCGGUGAAGGACAAAAAGUUUCACAACAGGGCCACGGUAAUAACGUUAACAAAUACGUUGCCAGUGAAACAAGGGAUUAUACUUUUUUGAUACCACCGCCCAAGGACGCAUAUCGUUUUGAACAUUCUGAACCACCUCGCAAAGUUAUCAGAGAUAAUAGUUAUUCAAUCGUUAACGAUUUCUUAAGACAACCGGCAUACGUACCACCACAGGCACAUCAAAUUGUACCCGAUGCAGUAAGAGCUGCCACUUAUUUUAUCAAGGGAUACACAUCAACUACUAAUCCAGUUCCGCCAACCCCAUCGAAAAAUAGACCACCAACGUCCUAUUACAAUGGUUAUCCUGGUGUACCUCAACUUCUUCAACCACCACGACACCAAGCUAAACCAUUCGAAUCUUUAAAAAUAUCUGGCAAUGCCAAACCAUAUCUUCAACCACCUGGUACCGAUGUAAACGUCGAUUUUGUUAAAGACGAUAGGAUCGUCGAACAAAAACGUCGUCCUAAUUAUGACAGAUAUCAGCCACAAAUACAUACGUCUAAUGGUAAUUUUUAUACCCAAGUGAAUCAUCCUAUAAAUCAUUAUAAAACAUCAUACGAAAGAGAUCCGGCUUAUCUUGUACACGAGAGUCAUGAAGUUAGCUACGUGACACCGUCCUCGAUAUAUAACGAAUACAAUUUUAGACCGUCUGUACCCUAUGACACAUUAUUACCACCCGAAGUUUAUUCCACUUCUACGAUCGGUACAUCGUCUACUACUAUAGCACCUCCGGUUCAAGAUCAAUCGUCGACAUACGUUCAUACGAAUGACGUUGUACGUGAUAUCGAUGAUUAUUAUAAAAAUUCUCAUAGUACUACGGCAACCAUCAAACAGAACGACAACCAUGGUGAUAUUUUAUCAACCUCGGGUAUACCCAAUACUUAUUAUGUAUCUGAACAACAAGAUUUAACUCCUCCACCACCAUCUUGGCCAUUAUCAAAAAAUAAAUAUCCAUCCGAUAUAAACGAGGUAUUACCAAGGGUAAAUCCACCGAAUAAAUUCACUUCCAAUAUUAUACAACCUAGUCAACUUCCUCAAGUUCCAAAGAUGGUUUAUGUUAACCCUCAAGUACAUCAAUAUCAAAGCUCGGUUGUACCAAGUCAGCAACAAAAUUACGAAACGCCGGAGAGUAUAUCAUUGAAACAUUUCAAUGAGCAACAGUUUAUCAUUCAACAACAGCUUGUACAACGUGACAGGCAACGUCUUGCCGAACAGGAACGUCAGCAACAACUCGAAAUUCAAAAACAACAGCAAGAGGAAUUAAAGAAACAUCAAGAGGAAUUACAGAAAUUGAUUAAACAACAAAAGGAGGAAGAUGAGAAUGGUGGUUCUUCUAUCGAGAAAAAUAUUACAGAUCAAAUUGAAUUCUCCAAGAUCAAUAAUAACAGAGAAAGACCUUAUCCAAUCGAAUUAUCCCAAUACGAAAUCCCUAGGGUUACUUCUCAAUCGCCUAACAUCUACAACGAACAAAAUACUUUCAUAGAGCAUAAUAAGUCACAUGGAUCGCAGAUUCAACAACAACCGGAACCAAAUGGUGUACCAUUGAAGACGAACUUUGAAAAUCAGGAAUAUCAAACGCAAUACGUUCAACAACAGCAGCAGCAGCAGCAGCAGCAGCAGCAACAGCAACAACAACAACAGCAGCUGCAGCAACAACAACAACAGCAGCUGCAGCAACAACAACAACAGCAGCUGCAGCAACAGCAACAACAGCAGCUGCAGCAACAGCAACAACAGACAGAUUAUCAUAAGGAAUUGAAUAAUUAUCAAAAGGAAUUGAAUAAUCAACAACAGGAAUAUAUUAAUUAUCAAGAACCUGAAUUGCAAUCUCAAAGACAACAAAAACCAUCGCGUGAUCAAUAUAGAAGAAAGAAACCUGGCGUUACAAAUACGAGUCCUACAGGUUAUGAGAAUAUAAUUACAACUGAGAUACCUACUGAAUCACCGGAAACAUUCAUACCUUAUACUUUCCCUGUCGAAGAAGUACCCGUACAUACGACUAUUUCACCGGAAUCUGUAACUUUCCCAAGUUCCCCAAGUACAACUCAAAGAUCGAGAACACGUAGGCCAGGAUUAUCGGGUCAACGUAGAAGACGUCCUUCGACUACGACGACUACGACGACUCAAGAACCUAUUACUUUAACUGAAGGUGCAUACUAUGAAAAGUAUGAAGAUAUACAACAGCAACAGCUUGAUCCCAAUAGACGUAGACGUAUCAAGCCGAGUUAUCAAACGAACGAGGAAACACAUUUCGAGAGACGACCGAACAUACGGAAACGUCCUGGUAAUCGAGUUAGGGUUAACCACGGUGAGCCCUAUGAAGCCGAAAUCGUUACUGAAAUUAUUCAGACUCCUGUGAAUACCUACAAGGGUAAUACCGAACAACAUUCUGAGAAAUAUGUCGAGGAUAACAGAUAUACAUCGAACUUACCCAACAACCAAUACUUCGACUACACAUCUGUUGGUUCUCAAUAUACGGAUGACGAUCAUCGAGAUUAUACUACUGAAAUUAUUCAAUCGGAAUACCCAACUGAAUUAACGAGAAGUAAUAACACCGAGGAUUCUCAACGUAUUCACGAUCAUAAUCAUCAUCGAACAAAUCCAAAUGUCGUCACGAAUAUUCCUCUCGAGGAUUUGUUCGUUAAAACCGAUGGAUAUUAUUUCGAUAAAGGUAUAACGACGUUGCCUACGGCAACUACAAGUAGUAAGACAACAACAACAGCAACAACAACAACAACAACAACAACAAGUAAUAUCGCUAGUACUAUUACUAGUACAACUACUACACCACCACCAUCACUGUCACCAUCGCCACCAUCUACGACAACUUCGAUCGUUAAAACUGCUGUUACCCAACCAUCUCACGUUUCUUCGACUACGUCAAGACUUAAAAUACGACCAAUGAGAUUUGGUAAUACAACCAGACCGAGAUUCAGUAUUAAAGAUUAUAAAAGUCGAAUGGAUUAUAAAAACAGAUUGUCACAAAUCACUGCUACUACUACUACCACCAGUUCUACUACUGUGGAACCUCCUAAUCAGAUAACCCAAUCUAAACAAAGGCUCUCCAAUUUGAAAUCUCAACAGAACAAUGAACACACAGGAAACAGAGAUACUACUGGUAGAUACAAAUAUAUGUCUAGAACGAGUUACAGAACUACAACUGUUACACCGACCAAUGAAUCAGAAAAUAAAUUAGAAAAUGAACAUAAUCCAUCAUCGUCGUCGUCUACUACCGAACGAUCGACCAAUAGAUUCGUUCCUAAGAGAAGACCGAUAAGUGGUAAUCUUUAUCGUAGUAGAAUUUCUGCUACUACGAAUAAUCCUAAUCGAUCUCAACAACAACAACAACAAGAGCAACAAGUUGAUAAUGAAAACAAUACGAAAUAUAGUACAGCUAGACCAGAAAAUGUUUUCUCGUCCUCGGUAAGACGUAGACCGAUUAACAAAAAUAGACAAUCAGUUCAUAAGGAAUCAUCUAAUUCCGCUUAUCGUGAUUCUAAUAAUAAUAAUAAUAAAGAAGAAUUGGCAACGGAAAUGGCUGCUGAAGAAACGAGUUUCUAUUCGGCCGUUACAACUUCGGCUACGUCGAACAGGCAAACGCAAAAUGAUAUUGUCAUUGAUAAAUACGAGCCUGUAUCGUUAAAUCUUUCGUUGAAAUUAAACGAAGAAAAUAAUCCGAUCGAUGGGAAAUCUGAUUUAAUGGAAAUCAUAAAAGAUAAGAAUGAUACCAUUCGGAUCGAUGUUUCCAAUGACGAUCAGGAUACGACGAUUGUUGUACUUAAUGAAAAUAAAGACGAUAAGACAUCGAUAGAGAAACAAUACGAAAGUACAACGCGUUUCGAUGUACCAACCGACGAAGAAGAAUUAUUUGCUAAAGCCUCGCAAAGCGUAGCCGAUCUUACAAGUUCGGCUUCUGCUCUUUACGAUAAACCUGGCAUGUUCAAGGCCGUAUCACCUGAGAGUAGAGUAAUAUCACCACAUUUCAAGAUAACCACGGACGAACCUACAUUACCAAUCGAGGCCUUCUUUCAGGAACUUUCUAAAAAGAAUUGAAUAAACUUUCGUUAUUCCACGGGAAAAUUAAACACUUUUAUGGUCGACAUUAAUAUAGAAAUUAUGUUAACAAAAAAAAAAAAAAAAAGAAAAGAAAAAAAAAAUAGAAAGGCAGAGGAGAG